AUGAAAAGUACAAUAAAACCUUUGCCAAAAAUUAACAAUAGACCUUCUCUUCAUGAAGAAGAUUCAUAUCCUGGAAGAUUGCACCUUAUUUAGAGAAAGUUGAAAUUUGGAAGCAAUACAUAUAUAAUGAGUUGUAAUAAUGGUGUUUCAGACUCUUUAAAUAAAAAGUAGUAAUAAAUUCCUGUCUCGGAAUCAUAGUUAUUAAAGUAAAUUGAUACAAAGCUAGAAAUGCAUAAGAAAGAUAUUGAAUAGAGAAAUGAUAUGAUUAUCUCAAUUGAGAAAGGUUUUGAAUCAAUGAAAUAAGAGUUAGUUAAAGAAAAAAUCUAAAAUGAAGAGAAAUCCAAAUAAUUAUAAGAAUUAUAAGCGAGUUAUUAAGCAAUUUAAUUAAGAAUAAUGUAGGCAGUGGAUUCAUCUAAAUAAAAUUUAUAAGCUGAAAAAGAUCGAGAGAAAAUUAAUGCUUUAUAAAAUAGCAUUAAAUAAACUUAGACCAAAGAAUAGGAGUUAUUAAAAUAGAUAGAAUCAUUAAAUUUAUAAAUAACCUAAUUUGCUGAAUAAUUAAAGAGUAAAGAAGAAAGUAAUGAAGAAUUUAAAAGAUUAAAAGAUUAACUGUAUAAAGCUGAAGAUUUGUAAAGUAAAAUGGAACAUUAAAUUAAUGAUAUUUAAAAAAAUAUCGAGAAGGAAGUUAAUGAAAAAAAUAAUAUAAAGAAAUAAUAUGAAUCUAUUAAAACUGAUAGACAAAUAAAAUAGCAGAAUUUGAAUAAAGAGAUUUCAACGGUUAAAUGCUACAGAUAAAACAAUUAGAGUAGGAAAAGAUUAUAAUUUUGGAAAAUUUGA